AUGUCGUCCCUAACAAGCACGCAAAAUGGAAAAAGCGCCAUCGACCCAAAAGCCCUCCUGGCUGCUUACCUCCAACAACUCCAACUAAAGCCCCUCCGCACAAAAAUGUUCACCCAAGGCUCGUUAUCAGCCUUGACUGAAAUUGUAGCAUCGUACUUUGCCUAUGCCCGUCCAGGCUACGGUCCAGCAAUCACAUCGCGCGUUCCCAAGAUGGCUUUUUACGGGGCUUGCAUCGCCGCGCCGCUAACGCAUUUCCUCAACACAAUGGUCCAGAAGCAACUGCCGGGCAAGAUUCUACUCCAGCAGCUCAUCACCGUGAUUUUCUUCUUCCCUAUCCAAAACACAGUCUAUCUCGCUUCCAUGGCAAUCAUCGCCGGCGCCAAAACAACCGACCAAGUCCGCGGUGCAGUACGCGCUGGGCUUGUUCCCAUGACAAAGGGCAUGUGUGCGCUGCACCCCAUAUUGCUGACCUUUGCAAACUUGUUUGUGCCCAAGGAGAUGUUUGCGCCGUUCUUUAGUUUGGUGGGUUUCUGCCUCGGUACGUUUUUCAACACCAUGGCCAAGAAGAGAAUUGCUGCUGCGGCUGCUGCCGAGAAGGCUGAGAAGAAGGAUACGUAG